ACUCACAAAUGGGAAGACAAUUAUCUGCAAUUUUGAUGAAAAGAUUUUUGGACAUUCGUUCAAAACAUGUGUGAAUAAAAACGAUGUUAAUAACUUUGCCACCAUGAAGGAAGUAUCGGGCAGCUGCAUCAGCAUCUAUAUGAGCCAUCUUUAUGGUGUGUUGAGGAAGUCAAAGAUGGUGGACAUGGUUGGAUUUAUGGACAGUACAAAAACUGGUGCCAUUGGGUGUGGCAAUCCAAUUGAGCGUUCCCGUGCAAUAGCCGAUAGGCUGAAAAAGGCAAAGCGUGGCCAGAUUAUUUUGUUGCCAUAUAACUCAGGUUGUCACUGGAUGCUGACUGUAAUAAACUCUGAAGAAGACACAGUCUACUUCAUGGACCCAUUAAAGAGGAGACUAAUUACGGGAGAGUGGAAGAACAUUGUUGACAACGGCAUCAAAAUAUAUAAUGCACAAGUCAAAAGGCAAGGCAGAAAAGCAACUACCUGGAAAAACUGUGCGGGUAUUCCGGAGCAAAAGACCGACAAGGAUUGUGGAUAUUUUAUAAUGAGAUACAUGAAGGAAAUAGUGGAGGAUAAAAACUUGGACUUUUUCAGCAAGGUAAGCAAAACUAGUUGAGGUCGCUUGGAUUAUGGUUAUUGAAAUAUGGGUUACUGUGAUUUUGCACAAUUGAGUUCUAUAGAUUCUUUUUAGGAAUUAUGGGUUACUGUGAUUAUAGACUCUUUUGCACAA